AUGGCACUUACCAAACCAAAGAGGGAGACACUAGAAAUGUUUUUUCUUUGCUUUUCUCUUGGUCUUUUAUUCCCAUUCACCGAGGGAAAUAACGGGGUAUCUGCAUAUCAGGUUCUACAAAGCUACAACCUCCCGGUUGGUCUUCUUCCAAAUGGUGUGUUUGGCUACACUUUGGACCGUUAUAGUGGUCGGUUUUCAGUUAAUGUAACUAGUAACUGUAACUUGCAUGUGGCGGGUUAUGAGAUCGUAUACAAUUCCCCAAUCACUGGUGUGAUUUCACAAAAUAAUCUCGGGAAUAUAGACGGUGUGAAGGUGAAAAUUGCAUUCAUUUGGCUCAAUAUCUUGAAUGUUAACCGGAAUCAAGAUCGAUGUAACAACUGUCAAUAA